AUGGAAGACUCUUCUGCAGGAUUCCAUCUGAUUGCUAGUGGUCUUACCAUUAUUACAUUGAGGUCCGACUAUCGUCAUCAUUUACUAUCUUUGUGCUCAGAUGUAGGCUUGGCUGCAGAGUCUAAAAGUGAAGGUAGGACUCCACUAGUAUUGGCUGAUGUCAUGUCAUGGAGUGGAGCAGAUUUUCUAGGAUCUCUACUUCCUGCUGUGGCUGAAAUAUGUUCAGAUUUUGAUCCUACUGUAGAUGUGGAACCUGCACUUUUGAAGUUAUUUCACAAUUUGUGGUUCUAUGUCACUGUCUUUGGGUUAGCACUUCCAAUACAGAAAACUCUCCCUCCGAUAAAUUCAGUUUCCCAUAAUCUGAACAGGGUGGGGAGCAUGGGUGCAAUUGCUCUUCAAGCUGUUGGUGGACCAUACAUGUGGAAUUCUCAAUGGUCUUCUGCUGUUCAGCGUAUUUAUCAAGGGACCCCACCACUUUGGCUUGAAGAUGAGUUUGAACUUAAUGCUUUUUAUAACCCUGGUAGUCGCCGAGGGAGUGGCAAUGAGAAAGCUGCUGUAAGCCAAAGAGCUGCUCUUUCUGCUGCUUUAGGAGGGCGAGUUGAGGUUGCAGCAAUGAGCACAAUAUCUGGUGUCAAGGCAACAUAUCUCCUUGCGGUUACCUUUUUAGAAAUAAUACGCUUCAGCAGUAAUGGCGGCAUCCUCAAUGGUAGCCCUAGUUCAAUUGCUUCUAGAAGUGCUUUCAGCUGUGUCUUUGAAUACUUGAAAAGUCCAAAUCUUAUACCGGAUGUGCUUCAGUGCUUGACAGCAAUUGUCCACCAUGCUUUUGAAACAGCAUUGCUAUGGCUGGAGGAUCGGAUGUCAGAGACUGGAAAUGAAGCUGAGAUUAGAGUCUACCCUGUCUGUCCAUACCUGUUUUCUCAUAUAAAGCUUGUUGAUGAGGGAGGAGCACUUAUAAGAUGUCUCAAUGAACAUUUGAACUCAACUCAGAGAUAAGUUUCCACAGUAAAAGUUUAUUAUAUUCACGAUCUACCUCAUCUUUCGAUCUUCUUCUUUUUACUUCUUUUCUACAUUCAAUUUUGUUUCUUGUUCCUUGAUAUUGAAGUGCACCUUAAUGAAUGUUUUACAUGCUUUCAGAUCUCGUGGAAUUCCUCUUGUCUGGACUCCCUGCUAUUUUUAGUGUAU